GUCCUCUCACGCUUCGUCGAAUCUCGGGUAACCGGGCUCACGUAAACAGCCCCUUAUAUUCUGCAUUCGUCACACAGAUCGGAAGUAUACAAUACUGCAUGUCAUUAUUUGUAAUUGUCUGCUUAUGGACGGAAGUCGAGGGGCUCUAGUAAAUAUCAAACAUUGUGGUUUUCAAGCAAAUUACACACUACACUCCUUACAAAGUUAUCCCUUGAAAUCUUGUUCUCGUUUCGCCAAAACUCACGAUGGGUAUGGGAGGAUAUAUAUGGAUUGUCAAUGCUACCAGCGUAGAUCUCAAGCUGACUCAUCAGCAUAGUUACCAAAUGAAUACUUGGGCAUUUAAAAGCAUACAUCAACAAACAAUGGAGAGGUUUUACAUUGAAUACCAGCAACCGUCUUUGGUGAAAACUAAAAGUGAUGAUGCCGGAGAAGCUACUUUUGAAAUCGAAGGUGCGAACAAGAGCUUCCAGCUGCAAAUUCGAUAUCCCUACAACAGGGGAGAGUGUGGCUUGAAGGUUGAUUGGAGUGGCCUGAAAUCUAGCCAGGCAUAUUCAGUGUUUCCACCUCCUGAUCCAACAACAAGCAUUGGUGAGUUGGGCUGGUUCCACAACGGCUCAUUAUCUCUGCUUAUAAUGGAAAAGGGUGUUCGCAACACUGUGUCUACGGUUCUCCCUGGAAGCGAUUCGAUUGUUUCCCCCGAGAAAAAUUUGCCAUAUCCGCAGACAUUCCUGUACGACAAGUGGAUGUCUUACUACAGCGAUGUCUUGGGAAAGCUUACCCUGACAGAAAUGACCCUCCCUGGCACACACGACUCGGGGACACAUGACCCAAAAUCCUCUCUGGGUGCUUUGUGGAUUAAAACCCAGAGCCUUUCCCUUGGCCAACAACUGCAGUUCGGCGUGCGUGCUUUAGAUUUACGUAUCGGCCAAAACUCGCCGGGAGAUUAUGUAAUUGUUCACGAUAAAUGGCGCACAAGUUACACACUUGCCGCGGCGCUCAAAGAGAUCACGGAUUUCAUCGACCAGGAUUCCACAAACAAGGAGAUUAUCAUCCUCGACUUUCAUCGGUUUGUCAAGCUAGGCAGAAGAGUGAGAAGACGUUAUGACUACGACAAACUCAAAGCUCAGAUACGUUCGUGUUUGACUGGCUAUCUCCUUCCCGUUCAAAAUGGACAUGGGAAACAGCUUCAGGAAAUCUGGCAAACUUGCGGAAAAGGAAGACUGGUUGUUGCCUGGAACACGAGCAAUCCUGAUAGCUAUAUGUGGCCCGGGGUGAACCAACGCUGGUAUGCAAACGCCGAUACUCUAAUCAAGUUAUACGGGGCGAUCAAAACAGAUAUGCUCAAUCCUCCAUCCGGUUUAUGGGCCUCUUGCUCGUUUAUGGAAAGCAGCGCGGUUCAUCCUCCAAGUCGAAAUGCCAUUGCUGCUGAUCCAACUAUAAAGCAGUGGUAUUAUGGCGGAUCUACUUUCUGUGAGAAAGCAAAUAUCAUCUCGGUCGAUUUCGUUCGUAAGUAUACUAAUGUUGUUCAGGCUUCAAUCAUCGGCAGCCUUCUGCUGGCAGGAGCGAAGUGAGCGACGAUUGAUCGGUAAUCGAUAA